UGAAGCAACAGUGUUGGUUGCAACUUGGCACGGAGCGCAGUGUCGUGUCACCCGAUACUCUGUGUCGCACUCACCCGACGUGACACUACCGGAUCAUACCGUGACGAACACUCAUACGAUGACACUUAGUGUUUGAGACUUAUACAGUUAAAGAAUGUCUUUGCCGAACGGAGUGGACGUUUCUCAGUUGGUGCAGCAUCCUGUGUUGGCAGCGCUGCCUCCCUUCUUCCUCAGAGCCUCCGAGAGAUACCAGAGGACGCCCAAAUGUGCAAGAUGCCGCAACCACGGCGUGGUGUCGGCGCUGAAGGGCCACAAGAGAUACUGCCGCUGGAGGGACUGCGUCUGCGCCAAGUGUACCCUUAUUGCUGAACGGCAGAGAGUCAUGGCUGCACAGGUUGCUUUGAGGCGGCAGCAAGCCCAGGAGGAGAACGAGGCCCGGGAACUGAACCUGUUGUACGGAGGUCAGCCCUCUGCCGCGCCGCACUACGCGGAUAUGUCUGAUGAUAGUCCAGUACAAAAACGAGCACGAAUAACAGAAGUACCUUCAAGUCCAUCGCCCCAGGACUCAAAGACACAAGCAGAGUCUCCCCCUCUAGGAUCUCCACCACCACAAUCACCUUCCGACCACGAACUUAACGUGGAAGAAGAACUAGACCAUUCUGCAUCACUCACGCCAGAAAACCUUUCACUAAAAGAAAGACAUGAUGACGUGAAAAAGGAAGAUGACAAAUGGGAAAGUCCUAACUACAAAUACAGGCGCGCGAAACCAGAGAAUCACUCGGAAAGUAUCGAAGAUUCCACGCCCUUCCAGAAAUCACCUGUCGAUGUUCUAAUCAAAGUAUUCCCUAGACGAAGCAGACAGGAAAUUGAAGCUAUCUUAGCAAGAUGUAAAGGAGAUGUAGUGGCCGCUAUGGAAAUGAUGAUAACCGGACCUGAAGCAUCUUACAGCCUCACUCCUGAGUCGUAUAUGCAGAGCUACCAAUCAAAAUCAGCCUUUUCCCCCCUUUCAAAUCAAAGCUUUAAAUUCUCGCCAUCAAGACGAUUCCUGACACCGCCCUACAGUGGAACAGGUUACUUGCCAACAGUGAUACGGCCACCUCCUGAGUAUCUAUCUUCGUUCAUGCCACCUUCGGAACUGAUGUACGGGAGACAGUUGCAAGUCCCGUCUCCCGGAACAUCACCAACGUCUGAUAAUACAAAUAACGAUGGCUUUUCUGAUUAGGGAUACCUUUUUGGGUAGAACUUUAGUUUUGAGCUAAGGAAUGACAUUUAAAUGGUACAAAAAUAAUUUAAGUACUUUUCUUUUGAGAUAGUACAAUAUAAAUCACCAAUUCAGCGAUUCUAUUUUUUGCAGCUAAUAUCAUACCGUAGGCUACUUAGAUUGACUGUAUGAGUUCUGAAUCUAUCGUCUCUUGCUUCACUAUGUUAUUUCGUCUAGGCUACUGUUAACCAGACUUGUUUCAUGUAUAUAUUAUUAUAUUUGUAUGAUUUCGUAGCGGAAUACAUUUUACAAU